AUGUCAUUCAAGUUGCUUCGUGGUGGAACUGUGCUUGUCCAUGAUGAGCAUGACCACGUCAAUGUGCUGCAGAACACCGACAUGCUCAUCGAAGGCAACAAAAUCGUCGAGAUAUCCCAGGGCAUACAAGCCCCAGCAGAUGCAAAGAUAAUCGACUGUGUGGACCGCCUGAUAAGCCCGGGAUUUGUUGAUACUCGUACGACUCAGUUGAGAGGUAGACAUGCGAACGAGCUCUUGCUUGAGUACUUCUAUUCGGGAAAUUUCAAUUCCAGCGUCUUUUCCGCCGAGGACAUAUUCUGGGGUCAGCUCGGUGGGACGAUGGAGAUGAUCAAUGGAGGAACAACAUGCGUUGUUGACCAUGCCCACCUCAACUAUGGGCCCGAGUACAAUGCGAAUGCAAUCUCAGCUACAGUGGCUUCGGGGAUUCGUUCGAUCUACGGUUACUGCCCAACGGCACGUGUUGCCUCGUGGAACCCUCUUGUGAUGGACAACAACGUACUCGCCGACGAGGUUAUCAAUAACUUGGAAGAGCUUGCUUCGGCCGCCCCUUUUGGCGACGGCAGGAUAACCCUGGGCUUGGCUUUCGAUGGCUGGUUUCUUCCCAAACCAUCGAUCAUCUCACUGUUUGACAAAGUCGCCAAAUUAAAAAUUCGCACCGUCACUUCCCACAGCGUCCGCACGCCUUCAUUUGGUGCCUCCAAUUCGCUUCCCAAGUUGAUCAACAGCUAUGGUCUACUGGAUGACAGAUUUCUGUUCUCGCACUCAAACAACAUGACACCUGAGGAAGUCGAACUAUGUCACUCCAAAGGUUUCUGGAUUAGCAGUACUCCUGAUACGGAACUGCAAAUGGCCCAUGGCACACCGAUCUGCUUCGACGAUAAGAGUGGUGUACAGAAUAGAUGCAGUCUGGGCGUAGACUGCCACUCAAACAAUUCAGGAGACCUCCUGUCACAAAUGCGACUGGCAUUACAGUCGGCACGCGGCAGAUCGAAUGAAAAUUUCAACGUGAAUGGCAAAGAUCCUAGAUCAGUGUACAAGACCGUCGAGGAAGCCUUCAACCUCGGCACCAUCCAAGGCGCUCGUGCAGUGCAUAUGGAAGAUCGGAUUGGUAGCAUAGCCGUCGGCAAAGUUGCCGACCUUGUCAUCUUCGACGCGACCAGUGUAGCUAUGGUCUGCGCUGCUCAACAUGACCCUGUAGCGGCCAUUGUGUUACACAGUUCUAUUGCUGAUGUGGACUCAGUCAUCGUUGAUGGAAAUUUCAGAAAGCGCAAUGGUCGUUUGUUGCCUGUGCAUCUGGAUGAUGUCGGUCGAUCCAUCGCUGACAAGGAAACGCUGGAAUGGAAAGAGGUUGCAAAAGCGUUGGUCAAGGGAAGAGAAAGAAUCCAGGAGAAGAUUGACACACAUGAUGUGGAGAAUGCGAGGAAGGUUACGGUCGAACGCUUCCACAUCGAUGAGUCUAAGAUUCGCGACAAGAUCGAUGACAUCUAG